AUGAAAUGGAAGAACUUAACGUCAAAAACCUCAAUGCUAACAGCCCUGUUACACCCACUUCAUUUUCGACCCCCAACCCCAAACUCAUACCCACCCAUUUUCAAGUUUCUAACAGGCAAAAACCUCCUCAAACUAGGCCAACAAAUCCAUGCACAUUCUAUUCUUCAUGGAAUUCACCCCAACUCUUUUUUAGGUGCUAAAAUUAUCGCAAUGUACGCUAGCUCCGGCGAUAUAGAUUCCGCUACACUUGUUUUUAACAAAAUUCGUACUAACUUUUCAACUACAACCGUUUUGUAUAACUCGGUUAUACGUGCUUGUACGCUGUACGGAUUUACUAAAAAAUGCGUUGAAAUAUAUAUAGAUAUGGAUAGUGGUGGGGUCAAGGGGGAUUAUUUUACUUUUCCUUUUGUGUUAAAAAGUGUUGGGGAGUUAGGGUGUGUUUGGUUUGGGAGAUUGGUGCAUGGGAAAGGGUUGAAAUUCGGGUUAGGGUUUGAUUUUUAUUUUGGGACGAGUUUGAUUGGUUUUUAUGUAAAAUGUGGCAUGAUCGAUGAUGCGCGAAAGGUGUUUGAUGAAAUGUCUGUGAGAGAUGUUGCGUCGUGGAACGCGUUGAUUUCGGGGUAUAUGAAAAAUGGGAUGCUGGGUGUUGCUGAAGAGUUGUUUUUGAAAAUGUUUGAUCAGAAGAAUAUUGUGACGUGGACGUGUAUGAUAUCGGGGUAUACGCAGAAUGGGUUGGCGAAUCAGGCUUUGGAGUUGUUUGAUGAGAUGGUGAGUGGGAAUUCGAUUGUGAAACCGAAUAGGGUGACGAUUAUGAGUGUAUUGCCCGCUUGUGCGCAGUUUUCUGAUAUUGCCCGUGGGAGGAAGAUUCAUGAUUAUGCCAAGAGUAUUGGGGUUGAGUCGAAUGGGUCAGUGCUAACUGCGCUUGUUGCAAUGUAUGCUAAAUGCGGCUCUCUUAAUGACGCCCAAAUUUGUUUUGAAAAAAUUCCCUGGUAUAAGAAAAACUUGGUUACGUGGAACACGAUGAUUAGUGCGUACGCUUCUCAUGGCUACGGGGUUGAAUCGCUGUCCAUAUUCAGUGACAUGAUACAAUGUGGGUUCCAACCAGAUGCAAUUACAUUUACUGGCUUAUUAUCUGCGUGUAGUCAUUCGGGACUUGUUGAUAAUGGUUUAAGCUAUUUUAACUCUAUGAAAAGACAAUACAAUAUAGAACCAACACACGAACAUUAUGCUUGUAUUGUGGAUCUAUUGGGGCGAGCCGCGAGAUUGAAAGAAGCAUAUGAACUCACAUCAAUAAUGCCAAUGGAACCAGGGGAAAGUAUAUGGGGUGCAUUGUUAUCAGCCAGCCAAAACCAUAGAAACCUCGAGAUAGCUGAAAUAUCAGCUAAAAAGUUGUUUGUUUUGGAACCCGAAAACAGUGGGAACUAUGUGAUUCUUUGGAAUAUGUACGCCGAAGCUGGAAUCUGGGGAGAAGUGAAUAAACUUAGGAAUUUGUUAAAGACUAGAGGCAUAAAGAAGAACCCUGGUUGCAGUUGGGAUGUGGACGGAAAUGAACCCCGGUUAGGUUGCCCAACGACCACCGAGCUUAGUUAGGGACUUGACUAACUAGACAAUCUAUAACCGAACUAAAUAUAUUUGUAUAAGUAAUUAGUAAUGACUUGUUUACGCCUUACUAGUUCUGUGGAUUUCUG